ACGCGGGGGUCUGGGGCCGCGGUGCGCGAAGCCGGAGCUUGUAGACGUGACGAUCUUCAAGAUCGAAAGACUCUUCCUCCGUUCUUGCUUUGCGUUUCGGGGGGGGUGGAUUCGUAGUUCCAGAGAUUUAGGGCAAAAAGUGAUGUUCCAGUAAGGAACAAAGUCUUAGAUGAAAAUCUUUUGGGGGGCACUUCAGGGUGAAAAGGGUACGCUAAAGGGUCUGAGUUGUUACUUGGUCGUCUGUCAGCUUUCAAGUUGAUCAGCUCUUGGGGCCUCUGCCACCUUCUCUGGGUGGAGCAAACAGUGCCAAAUCUUUUCCUGAUGUAAUUUGUUUUGAUUUUUAGGUUCUGUCUAGCCAGUCCCUAGAAAUUGUGUGUCUCAAACUUAGUGUGUCACUAAAACUCCCCAUUAAAACAAAAAGAGUUUCUUCGAACUCACUUUUUGGAAUGCACAUCUCUUUUCGUAUUUGAAGCCCAGAGUAGAUGACGCUGGCUCUUUUAUGUCCAAGGCUCCCCCAGGGGUUGGUCCCUCCCUGUAGGGUGAUCCACCUUCUUUUCCCUCUUUGACAAUGCUCCCACCGUGGUUAACCCUCUCAUUUGGUGUCUGGUUUUCCCUGCUGCUGGUCCCUUACCUCACUCCAUCUUCUCUGGAGUAACUUGGUCUUGAGCAAAUCCUGAUUGAGUCACAACUAAAAACCUAAUCAGCUAUUUCUUAUUCAGCGAAUUAAGUAUGAAUACUCUGGGCCUAACCAGCUUGGUUUUCUGCCUCUUGCUUCAAGCAGCCAGUUCUUUCCAACCCUUGAAAGGAUCUCGUGGUUUCUGGACUGCCCUUUGCUGACGCCUCUUCUUUUCUUUGAUGUUUGAAGCGAGCCUUCCUGUUUUCACCAGUAGGAAUCCUCAGUACUUGUAUCAGAUUGCCUCUUUCAAGAAUCCUAUGAGGAUACUUGCUUAGCCCCUAAACUCUGCCGUGAGGCCCCGAUUCUAAUUACAUUUAUUCAGCCAUUUGCUCUUCUUGAGUGCUUACCUGUUAUGAACCAGGUCCUGUCCUGGGUGCUGGGCUGGCAUGACUGGAGGGGGUGUUUUUUUAGUUGGAUCCAACCUUGGAAUAUGCCUUUUUGGAACAACAGAACAGCUUCCCAGAUGUUCAGUGGGUAAAGAAUCUGCCUGCAAUGCAGGAGACAGAGAUGGGGGUUUGAUUCAUGGGUCAGGAACAUCCCCUGGAGUAGAAAAUGGCAACCCACUCCAGUAUUUCUGCCUGAAAAAUCCCAUGGACAGAGGAGCCUGGUGGGCUACAGUCCGUGGUGUCAAUAACCGUUGGAAUGACAAAGUGACAAAACACCAUGGAAAAUGCCUUUUUGAAAGAACAGAGGUCUGAAAAAAGUGGGAAAAGCAAGUUGAAAGGUGCUGAGGCAUGUUUGAGGCUCAGCAGCAAGGCCUAUGUGUGAGGGUGACAGGGGUGACAAACAGUAUAGAGGGAGUCAGGUUGUGCCGGGCCUGAUAGUCUGUGGUGAGGAGGACUCUGUUUUGCUUUGAACACAGGGGGAUCCUGUGGAGGGUGUUGAGCAGAGGAGUGGCUUUCUCUGACUUAGCUUUUUUAGGCUCCCUCCAGCAGCUGAGGGGCCUUGAAGGGGGAGUGGGAGAUGGAAAGCAAGGAGCCCAACAAGGCGACUUUUGGCAUAAUCCAGGCACGAGGUCAUGGUGCCCAAGUGCCUAUCAGCUGACAAUGGAUAAAACGAACUGUAGUAUUCCAGUAAAAAGGAAUAUUCAUUGGCCACGAAAAGAAAUGGUGUACUGAUACAUGGCCACAAUGUAGAGGAACCUUGAAAAAUUAGCAGCAUGGCAGAACAGGAUGUGGAAAACGAGCUUCUGGAUUAUGAGGAAGAUGAAGAGCCUCAGGCACCUCCAGAGAGCGCUCCACCUCCCCCCAAGAAAGAUGUGAAGGGUUCCUAUGUUUCCAUCCACAGCUCUGGCUUCCGGGACUUUCUGCUGAAGCCGGAGCUCCUGAGGGCCAUAGUGGACUGUGGCUUUGAGCACCCAUCAGAGGUCCAGCACGAGUGUAUCCCACAAGCCAUUCUGGGCAUGGACAUCCUGUGCCAGGCCAAGUCAGGGAUGGGCAAGACAGCAGUUUUUGUGUUGGCCACUCUGCAGCAGAUUGAGCCCGUCAACGGACAGGUGACGGUCCUGGUGAUGUGCCACACUCGAGAGCUGGCCUUCCAGAUCAGUAAGGAGUACGAGCGGUUCUCCAAAUACAUGCCCAGUGUCAAGGUAUCUGUGUUCUUUGGGGGCCUCUCCAUCAAGAAGGAUGAGGAAGUGUUGAAGAGGAACUGUCCCCAUGUGGUGGUGGGCACGCCGGGCCGGAUCCUGGCACUUGUGCGCAAUAGGAGCCUCAACCUGAAGAACGUGAAGCACUUCGUGUUGGAUGAGUGCGACAAGAUGCUGGAGCAGCUGGAUAUGCGACGGGACGUGCAGGAAAUCUUCCGCCUGACCCCCCAUGAGAAGCAGUGCAUGAUGUUCAGCGCCACCUUGAGCAAGGAGAUCCGGCCUGUGUGCAGGAAGUUCAUGCAAGAUCCCAUGGAGGUGUUCGUGGACGACGAGACCAAGCUCACGCUGCACGGGCUACAGCAGUACUACGUGAAACUCAAGGACAGUGAGAAGAACCGCAAGCUCUUCGACCUCCUGGAUGUGUUGGAGUUUAACCAGGUGGUCAUCUUUGUGAAGUCAGUGCAGCGCUGCAUGGCCUUGGCCCAGCUCCUGGUGGAACAGAACUUCCCAGCCAUUGCCAUCCACAGGGGCAUGGCCCAGGAGGAGCGUCUGUCACGCUAUCAGCAGUUCAAGGACUUCCAGCGGCGGAUCCUGGUGGCCACCAACCUGUUCGGCCGAGGGAUGGACAUUGAGCGCGUCAACAUUGUCUUCAAUUACGACAUGCCUGAAGACUCAGACACCUACCUCCACCGUGUGGCCCGUGCGGGUCGCUUCGGUACCAAAGGGCUGGCCGUUACUUUCGUGUCUGACGAGAGCGAUGCCAAAAUCCUCAAUGAUGUCCAGGACCGGUUUGAAGUGAACGUGGCAGAGCUUCCAGAAGAAAUUGACAUCUCCACAUACAUUGAGCAGAGCCGGUAACCACAUGCCCUGAUGACCCAGAGCCACUCUACUUCCCACGUGCUGCUUCAAGUCCUCUUUCUAGGUGACACUGGGCCUUUCAUUUUACUGUUUAAAAGCUGUAGAUUUGUGCAAGAAUUUAAGUUUUUAUUAUGAAA